AUGGCUCCCAUUACUAAGACCCUCGCCCUCGCUGGCGCUCUCUUCUCUGCCUUCGGUCUCGCUGCUCCCGUUAACAAGCGCGCCGUUGUGUGGGAGACUGUCACUGACAUCGUCUGGACUACCAUUGAUGUCACCACCACUCUUUACCCUGGCCAGUUUGACGCUGCCACUGCUACUCCCACUGUCGUCCCUGUGACCACCACUGUUCCCGCCGUUGCUGCUGUUCCCACCACUGUCGCCGCCCAGGCCGCUCAGGUCGAGGAACAGCCUCAGACCACCCAGGCUCCUGCCCCCGUUGAGACCACUACCAGCGCUGCUCCCACCACCACUGAGGCCGCUCUUGCUGCUCCCACCACCACUGAGGCCGCUCUUGCUGCUCCCACCCCCAUUGAGGCCGCUCUCGCUGCUCCCACCACUGAGGCCGCUCCCGCUGCUACUAGCUCCACUACUACCGAGUUCACCGCCUCCACCUCGAGCUCCGGCUACUCCGGUUCCUGCUCCGAGGGCUCGCCUUGCACUGGCCAGAUGACCUACUACGACACUGCCACUUCCUCGUCCAACCCCAGCUCCUGCGGCACCACCAAUGAUGGCGAGACCGAGCUCGUUCUCGCCCUGCCCGUCGGCAUCAUGACCGACAGCGACUGCGGCAAGACUGUCACCAUCGAGUACAAUGGUGUUACUAAGACUGGUACGGUCGUCGACAAGUGCAUGGGUUGCGGCGAUGGCUCCGUCGACCUUUCCCGCGCCUUCUUCGAGGCCUUCGCCUCUCUGUCUGAGGGCCGUCUCUCUGGCGCCACCUGGUACAUCAACUAA